GACGGGGGUCAGUCUGGUUGGGAAACUCUGCAACCAGAGUUGAGACCAGAGAGAGCCCAUCAGACAUUCUCUGAAGCUCGAGAAAAUCGGGGACUGCGAGAGUCUUACUCUCGAAAAGCGCGGAAAACAGUAAAGGACGCUUUGAAAUUCGUGACACCAUUGACGAUUAAGGCUGGAGGUUCUGGGUUUUUGCUUGGGGUCAUGUUUCUUGAAGCAGCAUCUUAGACAUUCUGUGUAACGAAAGUUUUUAGUGGAUCCUGCGUCUACACUCUAAAACCAGCAGCGUCGCUUCUUGGCAACAUGGAAGAGGGUCCUUCGAUACUAGGAUAGGUGGAUCAUCAUCAGGACUCCCCUCUGGUGGCGUGACCGCAGAUUCGGAAUCUGCGCCAAUUGAUGUCAAGGAUAUUUUUAAGUCAUCUGGCUCUUCUGCCACGACGCUUGCUCCCGCCGCUACAACUACUGGGUCAAUAGAUGCUGGUCAACCCAGAGAGGAAGUGGAUCCUCAUUCUACGUCAAUGCAACAGGCUCCAACUGG